UCAAGAUGGCGGCCGAGGGCGAGUACGAGUCGAUCCUGUGUGUGAAACCCGAUGUGAACGUCUAUCGCAUCCCACCGCGAGCUUCAAACCGCUCGUACAGGGCAGCUGACUGGAAGCUGGAUACUCCAGACUGGUCUGGUCGGAUGAGGAUCACAGCCAAGGGCCAGGUGGCGUACAUCAAACUGGAGGACAAGGUCUCAGGGGAGCUGUUUGCUCAGGCGCCAGUUAAGGAGUAUCCCGGCAUUGCAGUGGAAACAGUCAGCGAUUCCAGCCGAUACUUUGUUCUACGGAUACAGGAUGACAACGGUCGCAGUGCUUUCAUAGGAGUUGGCUUCGGGGACCGAGGGGACGCCUUUGACUUCAAUGUGGCUUUGCAGGACCAUUUCAAAUGGGUGAAACAGGAGAAUGAAAUCAGCAAAAGCGCCCAGCUCGGAGAUUCAGGACCCAAACUGGACUUGGGUUUCAAAGAGGGGCAGACCAUCACACUCAACAUAGGGCAAGGUAAAAAGAGGGAUAAACCCCGCCCACAAGGCUCAGGUGGGUUUGGACUCCUCCCACCACCACCUGGAGGCAAGAUAGCCCCUCCUCCUUCAUCAGGCUCAUCCAAUCACAACAUAGUCCCGCAGACGGGAGGCACAGCGACAGGCUGCCUGUUGGACCUGGACAGUAGUAACUCCAACACAGUGGUUCAGCCAAACCCUAGUUCAGAUCUUUGGGGAGACUUCUCUGCUCCUGCAAGCUCCGUCCCUCCACCAUCACGACCUCAGGACACCGGAAACUGGAUCCAGUUUUGAGUCGUCGGCUGCUACGUCGGUUGUGAUUUCCAUCUCACCUGCAUCUGUGUCUGUAGCUUCCUGUGCAUCACACCGAGAUUAACUCCCCUACACUGAUCCCAAAGCAGAGACGUGAAACACCACCGAGCUGUACAAACAACUCAUGGCAUCACUUCAUUCACAAAGACUCAUAGUUCUCUCGAAUAUUCUUGGUCGGAAAUGAAGCGUUCGUCUGUUAAAGCCAUUAUAUGAUAUGAGCCAUUUCCAGUAAUAUUUAAGGGCUAUGUGUGAUGUCCUGAGCUCCUCUUUUAUGUGUCUGCGUAGCCUCCCCAGUAGAUGGCUCUCCGAACAGAGCUUCAUCUCUGAUCUGGCAUGUUUCUGUCGCUGCAACAGCGGCCCCUGCAGGCACUGCUGGGUGCUACAUGUCAACAUGCUCUCUGUAACUUGCUGUGGGUAAAAACCUGCAGAGCUCAGCUUUAGUGAAGGCUGCAUUAACUGUUGGACACAAAUCAAAGAAGAAAAUUAAGGCAUUUUCUUUGUUGUUCUGAAAUUGGCUCAUAAAUCUUAUUUGUAAAGAACUGGAGAUUUGAAUAAUGUUUGUAUUACAGCUGCAGUCUGUCCAUCUUAUUUGGCUAUAAAUCCAAAAGAAAGAGCAGUUUAAGACACAUAAUACUCUUUUACCUCAUUUGCAAGACUUUUUAGACUGAAUGAGAGUAAAUGGCUCGUUCCCACCUCACACUGUGAACUGUGGAGUCGUACAGCCUCGUCCACGUCCCAGAAUUUCUGUAUUUAAAACAGCUGCUGUCGGUUGAAAGCGUGGUUUGAUUGCAUAAUGAUAAUGGGAGUAGAUUUAAAGAUCCAAAAUGCUCAGAUGAAAUUUGCUUGAUGGGGUAUGAAAACUAAAUAGUUCAAAUUUCAGAUCUAGCAGAUUAAAUCGCCUUUUUCACGCCAUCUACUGGUAUUUAUCGCCACAGAAACCAGGAGUUAUUAUUAGUUAUGGAAAGUAUUCAGAGUGUUUAUAGAAUCAAUAAACUCACUUAAAGUGGGAUGAGAUACUUUAGGUGAAAUGUCUUAAAAUAUAUUCAUGGAACUAUACGGGGAACCUUAACAUUCCUGUCCGGCGUACUAAAUCUAUAAAUUUAUGUUUACAGUGUAAAAUCAUAUUUGUGUUCACUACUGCGUGCUUGUUAUCAGCAGGUUUACUGUGUUGUAUCACUGAAAGCAGGCAAAUCCAGACAUGUAUUCAUUACUGUGACUUAUUUACCUUUUUACAAACGUUUACUGCAUUGUUGUGAAGAAUUAUAAGCUAAGAGUGAAAUAAGAUAAGAAUUAAAUAUAGCACAUUUUGCUGAAUUUGGUCAUUAACUCACCCGUUUUCAAAGUAAACUGGAGCAGGAAUUAAGGCCAUUUUUGAGAUCAUCAAAGGGAAAAUCUAACGUGGAGAGGUUCGGUCAGCACAUGUAAAUCUCAGCUUCAGUUUUGCAUGAAAUAUAUCGUCGACUAUUCACGUCCAGCAGAUUUACAUUUAGACGUUGACACAUCAGUCUCGCUGAAUCCUCUGCACCCCCCAAACGCUCCUUUUCUGUACCAGCCACUCUAAUGUUGAAGAGAAAACUUCACACCUCUUUCUAAUGUUCUGCUCACAGAAGACGAGCUUCCUUAUGAAUGGACGCCAUUAACUGUCUGUUACACAGUGGGAGGAGUGUGCUCGUACACUCAAUUUACCUGAUUUUCCGUGUUUGAAAGGUAACCUGUAAAAACAGCCUGCUGUGAAGCGAAAUACUGCUUGUUUUAUCAAAGUAAGAAUAGUUCUGAUAUUCAGUGCAGGAAUUUAAGUAAACUGAAGCUGUCCGACAUGAGUUGUAACAGGGCUGAGGUUUGACAGCAGAUUUAGACAAUCUGAGGAUGUUAUUUGGAAGUUAAAGGAGUAGUUCGCCAUGAUUAUUCACCGCCUUGCUGAGAGUUAGACGAGAAGGUCGACACCACUCUCAUGUUUGUGCAUUUAGUCUGAAGCUGGAGCAAACAGCUGGGUAUCUUAGCUUAGCUUAGCUUAAAAACAGCUAGCCUGGCUCUGUCCAGGGGGAACAAAACGAGCCAACCAGCAUCUCUAAGUCUAAAAAAAAUUAACCUCGUUUGUUUUUAUUUCCAAAAUGUCAAACUAUUCAGAGAAUUUAUUUUAAUAAUAGAUUAUAUAAGAAAAGACUUACCUGAUCGUUAUCCCCAUGUGGCAAAUCACUCUUUAACUGAAGCCUGUUAGAAUAUGAACAGACCAGUCUCAGGACUGAGGGCGAGAAAAACAAAAUGAUUGUCUUACUUCAUCUGAUGAAUGUCUCGAUGGCAGCGGAUGAUAUGUUCCUUUUUGUACUGAAAAGGCUUCGGCUGGUCGUGAAGUUCGAUGGCGUUUACAGGACUUUGACAUGUGAAUUGUCGUUUCUUGACUUUGUUUGCGUAGAUUUUUUUUAAGGUUUGCUGUGAUUAAAUCACAUGAGCUGUGUUUAAUUGGCAUUAAGGUAUAGGGCUGAUUGAUAUGAUAUGUUGAUAUGUGUGUUGUAUUUACAUUGCUCGUAUUGCUGGCAAAAAUAUAAAAAUGUCUCCCAUUUCUCACUCAUUCCACUCUGGCUGUA